CUACACAGUAAUUUAAUGCAAGGCAUUUUUACAGGACCUAUCAUUAUUGCAUGUUCGCCUAACACAUUUAUGGACUUCUCACAAUUGGCGUCUUUUAUUGGGUUUGAACGCAUAACGAAAAUCUUUGACUGGAGACAAAGACGGAGCCGGAACGAAGCGGAGGUUUUGUAAACGCCUAAAAAGGCCCUCUAGUUAGCUCUGCGCAUGCGAUGCACGUGUCCCGCGUGCCGAUUGAUGACAUCGUCGGGGGAAAACCCGUGCCUGAUUGUGAAAUCAAUUCGCCAGUGAGUUUGUGAUUGUGAAGAGUGCUACAGAAUCGGCUGUGCUGACUUAAGCUUAAAUUCACAUUUCGAAAAUAUUGCCUGACACUGACAGAAACAGAAGAGACCAGUAAAACUGAAGCAAGAUGGACGCUCGCGAUGACGAGUGGCAUCGAACACGGCGACGUGCUCGUGCCAUGCAUCAUCCGAUGGCGACUGAGCGCGACUUUCAUGACUUCGCUAGGAUGCCUGGUGGCAUUUGGUGGUACGUGGAGGAACUGAAGCAACAGGGGAAUGACAUCGUCCACCACAAACCGAGAGAGGCCGUCGGUCUGUACACCAAAGCCAUGGAGAUUGAUGAGAAUCCAGAGCAUCCGUUUGAUCUACUGACGCCGCGAGAGAAGGCGAUGUUGCGCAGCAAUCGCUGCACGGCGCUGAUGAAACUCCAACAGCUUGGCCCGGCCUUUGAAGAUGCAAUAGAGUGCAUUAAAAUCGACCCCUCAUUCCAAAAGGGUUACUGGCGUGCUGCUACUGUCAUGAAGCAGAUGGGCAAGGAGGAUGAAGCACUGGAGGCCCUCAUCGACGGCUAUCCCAAGAUUCUAGGUGACGGCAAGGAGGCUGAUGACUUCCGCUCCAACUUUGUCUAUGAGAUCACAAUUCUGACUGUUCAACUGUGGGAUAAGUGGCAGAAAUCACAGUUCCUCUUCAGACUUCUGGACGUCUCUACAUCCGUGUGGACUGAAGUUGUGCAACGCCUGGCCAGGAACAAAGAGUAUCAGGGUCUUCAUCUGGUGUUCCUCCGCGGUGGUACUCAGUCGGGCAAGACAUUUGAGAUUGGGCAAGGCGGUGCAGCCAAAGGCUGUGACACAUCUGGUAUUGACCUCCGACCCUUAGUCCGUGACCUGUCCAGCAGGGAAUACGACAGUUGGAGCAUGCAGUUGGUAGUGGAGCUGCUCAAACAUGGCUCCAAGGUGGUAGGGCUUAGCCAGAAGGAAGGGGACACCCCCUUGCACUGUGCUGUGGAGAAUGCCCUGAGAACUGGAUGGGUGGGCCUGUUGGAGUACCUCUUCAUUCACCUUUACACAACGAGCGGAGGGAGGAACCAGCCGGACAUAUCUGGGGAUUCGGUCUUCCACCUGGUUGCCAAGAAAUCUGGCCCAGCUGCCCACACCAAAUUAGUCGUGGACGUCCUCCAGAAGUACGGGGUCCUGGCUUGGGACCAACAUGUUAAAGUGCAGCAGAAGCAGCAGCAGCAACAACAACAGUUCCAGCAACAGUCAAGGAAUCCAAGGCCAAGUGACUCGACUCCGUUCUUUGAUCACUCCCAACUAUUUGUAGGCCCUCAGCAGGAAAAGUGCCGGCAGGAGGAAGAGCAGAGAAAACAGGAGGAGCAGAGAAAACGGGAGGAGGUCCAGCGACAAGCCGAAGCCUACGUGAUGAAACUGGAGGAGGAGCAGCGCCAGAUGGAAGCAGAGGAGGAACACUGGAGGCACGAAGAGAAGAUACAAAAGGAGAAAGAACGACAGGAGCGACUACGCUUACAGCGGGAAGAGAAGAAGAGGAAAGAAAACCUGAAGAGGAAGGAAAGGAGAAGGAUGCAGAAAAAAAAGGAAACCGACAUGGCAACAGGAAGAGAUGAUGAAGUAAAAGCAGAUGGAGGAGCAGCAGUGGCAGGAACAGCAAUUGUUGGAACAACAGAGGGAAGAGCGGUGAAAACAGGAACAGCGCCGGAAGGAGGAAGAGCAGAAAUAACAGGAGGAAGAGAGGAAACGGCAAGAGGACAGAAAAUGGGAGGAGCAAAGAAAGGGGGAAGAGCAGAGAAAACGGGAGGAGCAAAGAACGGGGGAGGAGCAGAGAAAAUGGGAGGAGCAGAGGCAAAGGGAGGAGCAAAGAAAACAGGUGGAGCAGAGAAAACGGGAGGAGUAGAGGAAAUUGGAGGAGCAAAGGAAACGAGAGGAGCAGAGAAAACAGGAGGGGCAGAGGACACAGGAGGAGCAAAGAAAGGGGGAGGGGCAGAGAAGGGGGAGGGAGCAAAGGAAACAGGAGGAGCAGAGAAAACGGGAGGAGCAGAGGCAAGGGGAGGAGCAGGGAAAACAGUGGGAGCAGAGAAAGUGGGAGGAGCAGAGAAAACUGGAGAAGCAAAGAAAACGGGAGGAGCAGGGAAAAUGAGAGAAGCAGAGAAAAAGGGACAAGCAGAGAAAAUGGGAGGAACAGAGAAAACAGGAGGAGUAGAGGAAACAGGAGAAGCAGAGAAAAAGAGAAAAGCAGAGACAAAGGGAGGAGCAGAGAAAACGAUAAGAGCAAAGAAAGUGGGAGGAGCAGAGAAGGGGGAGGGAGCAAAGGAAAUAGGAGGAGCAGAGAAAACGGGAGGAGCAGAGGCAAAGGGAGGAGCAGGGAAAACAGGAGGAGCAGAGAAACAGGGAGGAGCAGAGAAAACUGGAGGAGCAAAGGAAACGGGAGGAGCAGGGAAAAUGAAAGGAGCAGAGAAAAAGGGACAAGCAGAGAAAACGGGAGGAGCAGAGAAAACAGGAGGAGUAGAGGAAACAGGAGAGGCAGAGAAAAAGAGAAGAGCAGAGACAAAGGGAGGAACAAAGGACACAGGAGGAGUAAAGAAAGGGGGAGGAGCAGAGAAGGGGGGAGGAGCAAAGGAAACAGGAGGAGCAGAGAAAACGGGAAGAGCAAAGAAAGGGGGAGGAGCAGAGAAGGGGGAGGGAGCAAAGGAAACAGGAGGAGGGGAGAAAACGGGAGGAGCAGAGGCAAAGGGAGGAGCAGGGAAAACAGGAGGAGCAGAGAAAAAGGGAGGAGCAGAGAAAACUGGAGGAGCAAAGAAGGGGGGAGGAGCAGAGAAAAUGGGAGGAGCAAAGGAAACGGGAGGAGCAGGGAAAACAGGAGGAGCAGAGAAAAAGGGAGGAGCAGAGAAGGGAGAAGGAGCAAAGGAAACAGAAGGAGCAAAGGAAACAGGAGGAGCAAAGGAAACAGGAGGAGCAGAGGAAGUGGGAGGAGGAGAGGCAAAGGAAGGAGCAGAGGAAAUGGGAGGAGGUCCAGCGACAAGCCAAAGCCUAAGUGAUGAAACUGGAGGACCAGCGCCAGACGGAAGCAGGAGAGUGGGCGAGGAGGCGGCUGCAGCAACUGGCCAGGGCCGAACUGAAGAAGAACGAGGAGGAUCAUAGCAGCAAUGGCGGCGCCAGACUCACAAAUUGAGGGGGGGGGGGGGCAAAUGCCCCCCCCCCCCCUUCGACUGCGUUUUCAGCGGGAAGAGAAAAAGAGGAAGGAAAAGAGAGAGAUUCAGAAAAAAAGGGUGAGAGACGGUAUUAUUAUUAUAGUGAAACCAAGCAUUCCUCAAAAGCGCCCAAGGAAACCUGUAGAGAGUAGACAAUA